AUGACACCCGUCCUCGAUGGACUAUGUUUGCUGUUUUCGUUUCUGUCGAUAUCCGAGGCCGUGAUGUGCCAACAAUAUAGAGUAAAUCUUGAGGUUGACAACAAAGUAUCUCAACAGGCACCUUCGGAAAACUUACACAAUGUUUCCUUCGCGACUUGUUCACGUUCGUGUAUAAAGGGAUGCGAAUGUUUUAGCUUUAACACUCAGUCAAAUAUGUGCAGACUUUAUAUGUAUAGCAGCUCAUGUGAUCCCUCUAAUAUGACGGUCAGCGAAGCCGGGUGGAGAUCAUACACAAUUUAUGAAACAAAACCACCAGAGGCAUUACCACUGGACUGCAAGUCACUAUACAUUAACGGGAAAAAAAAAUCCGGAGUGUACACUAUUUACCCUUGGGAGAGGUCUGACCCUAAUUACCGUCCUGUCAAGGUCUACUGUGAUAUGGAGACAGAGGGGGGAGGAUGGACGGCAAUACAAAGACGAGUUAACGGAGAAGAAAGCUUUUAUCGGAGUUGGACGGAGUACAAACUCGGAUUUGGAUCACCUAAUAAUGACUACUGGAUUGAUGAUGUUAUGUUAUAUAUUGGCGGUUACAGGCUAACAGGAAUGCAGUUUAGUACCUUCGAUGUCGACAAUGACAAGAGUUCUGGUCACUGUGCAGCUCAUUUUUCUGGGGGCUGGUGGUUCAAUAGUUGUUAUGAUGCCUAUCUCAACGGUCCUUGGCUCUCAAAUGACUGGUAUCAGGCAUUAACACUGGACUGCAAGUCACUAUACAUGAACGGGAAAAGAACAUCUGGAGUGUACACUAUUUAUCCUUGGGAGAAGUUUGACGCUAAUUACCGCCCCGUCCAGGUCUACUGUGAUAUGGAGACAGAGGGAGGAGGAUGGACGGCAAUACAAAGACGAGUUAACGGAGAAGAAAGCUUUAAUCGGAAUUGGAAGGAGUACAAACUCGGAUUUGGAUCACCUAAUGUUGACUACUGGAUUGAUGAUGUUCUGUUAUAUAGUAGCGAUCGCAUGCUGACAGGAAUGCAGUUUAGUACCUGCGAUGUCGACAAUGACAAGAAUUCUGGUAACUGUGCAGCUUUCCACGAUGGGGGCUGGUGGUUUAAUCGUUGUCAUAAUGCCUUCCUCAACGGUCGUUGGCUAUUGUAUUACUGGGAUAAUCCUUGGGUUUCACAAUAUGAAACAGGAACAUGCGUGAAUGGAACAUCAAUGUUGAUAAGAUAA